GCGCUGUUAGCUAGCAGCGAAUAACUGUAAACAACUCACGAUUAUAAACCUCACAAACCAAACAGACAGUACGCUCGCUUGCUUAACCAUUUGCAUGUCAUUUUAGAAGCCGUAUUAAAAAAAAGUGUUUGGCUGUAGACCUGGGGACUGGUGAAUUUGUAAAGAAGGUUUUGGUUAUUUAUAAAGCUGGGAUGCAAGCAGCUAGUCAAGCGCGCGUCCGAAUGGACAGCUAAAGCUUUGGUCAAAACGGAUCGUUUUGCUUUCUUCAUAAAAAAAUCACGGUGGAAAUAUCAGGCCAUGUGUUGCGGAUUGAAAUGAGACCAAUUUGAUUGUAAACAGUGUUUUUGGUAGGCUUUUUUUUUUUUUUUUUUAGUUUUUUUAGUUAGCACAUACGCUAAAGUAAGCUACUUUCAAUCAUAAAUGCGCAUAAAUCUCGUUAAAUGCUUUUCGUAUUUAUGUAACACCUGUGAAAAGAUGCUCUUUCGGUUAAAAUUCGAUUAUUAUCGAUAAUUUAUGUGUGGUUGACAGGCUAGCUUAUUAUAAUGUAAGGUAUAUUCGACUUGCUGAUAAAAGUAAAUCAGAGUUAUGUUAAAUAUAGCACUUUAUAUCAAAUGCUAAGAAAUGAGUAAACGUUUUCCGUAAACAUGCCUCCCAAGUCUUGGGAUUGGCUGGACUGAUGCUAUGGAAGCACUUCGAAGUGUCAGUGCAGUAUUGAUGAAGGUGCACAACAGCAAAAAUGGUUUAUAUUUACACCGAUUCGGCUGAGAUGAAUUAACCAGGAAUCAAAUGGUUUUGAAGGACUUCAAUCAUGGGUGAUAUGAAGACCCCUGACUUUGAUGAUCUCUUGGCUGCCUUUGACAUCCCAGAUGCGACCAGUCUGGAUGCCAAAGAGGCCAUUCAGGAGAAUCAUGAUGAGGGAGAGGGGCACCUGAAGCACUCAGAGAUGUGUAUGGAUGCCACAGCUUUGAUCCCUCACCCAGUGACUCCAAUAGAUGCACCUGCAGUCAGUGUUAUAGUAAAGAACACCAGUCUCCAGGACUCCAAUGAACAUCUUGUGGAGAAAGAGGGCUCACAUUUGGGACACCUUUUAGAAAAUGGGUUCAAGACUUCUGCAAGCUCACUGGAGGCACAUCAUGUUGAUACACAUCCCAUCAACUAUCCAAGGCUUGAUAUGUCUCCUGUCAAUGGGGACUGUUUAAGACACUCUUUGGAAAAUAUUCCUGUCCUUUACAAGACUGAAAAAGGUCCCACUUUGUCAAGGUCUAUGCCUCAUUUUAGCCCUAUAUCUAGUCCAGAAUCUGAAGACAUUCAGAGCAAUGGAAUAGAAAUCUGUCCAAAAUCUGUAGAGAGCUCAUACUUCCCAUCUGAGUCACUCUUUACAUCUUCAGCUCUUUCUAUGUUAGACAAUCGUGAAAAAUCUCAAGCGGGGUGUGAGAACAGCAAUGAAAGACAUCCUGGUUUUAAAGAUAUAAAUGAUCUUGGUUGUGAUGCCUCAUCUUUAAAAGACAGUAGUUCAGUGCGCUACAAGGAAGAUGCAGAUAAAAAAAGUUAUGAUUCAGCGAUUAAGAGUGACUGUAUUGAAGUUUUUGGAACUAAUGCAUAUUCACCUCCUGAGACAGGCAGUUCUUCUUCCCUUCCAUGUGUCAGUGCUCAGACCUCCAAGUUGUCUUCUUGCCUUGAUGCAUUAGCAGCCCUGAAUUCUAAAAAGGAACCUGGUGAGCAAACUAACUCAAGAGACUUUCCAUUUGCCCCAAAAGAGACAAUGAAAAUGAAUCCAAAAAUACCCAUAUCACCAAGGAGCCCUAGAAGUCCUUUCGAGGUGGUGAAAUGUUUUCUCAAACAGCCUGACAGCCCAAUGAGUAUAUGCAGCGAUAGCAGUGGUAAAGCAUCUCCAGCUGUUGCUACUGGCUCGCCUCCAGCCAUACCAAGAGUGAGAAUAAAGACAAUCAAAACCUCAUCUGGAGAAAUUAAACGCACCGUCACAAGCAUAUUGCCAGAUUCUGAAACCGAAGAUCUCCAGUCACCCUUUGGGUCAUCGCCAUCUCAGUCCUCAGUUGAAGAUGCCUUCUCUAAAACAUUGCCUGUGUAUCGUUCGAACAAUGUAAUUUCUGAAGUUGGUUUUGAAGAUGAAAAGCAGGAAGCUUCAAACACCGCUUUAUUGGGUAGCAAAUCAGCAAGCAUGAAAUCAGUGAGGACCUCAAAAAAAACUCAAAUCCAAAGUAAUGGUCAUGCUCUAAAUAGAACACAGGGAGGGAAUAAUCAAAGGAAGUCUUGUUCUAAUCAGAUGGGUUCUUCUGCUAAUACAAAUUACCUUCCAAAGGCAUUACACUUAGCUAACCUUAAUCUAGUCCCACAUAGCGUGGCUGCCUCGGUUACAGCAAGGUCUUCCACUAACAGACAGGACCGCUCUCAGUUAUCAUCUUCAGUGGUGUGCAGUUCUGUACCUUUAGUGCACCAAGUUAAAAAAGUGCCCCCAAACACACGAUCUUUUGUCUCAAAUACUGCAGCUGUAACUUUAAACAGACUUUUGAAUUUCUCAAACCCUGUGCCAACAUAUGUUCCUGACCUGAGUCCACCACCAGGCAGCAAUAUCAAGCUCCCACUGCAAGGCUUUUGCUGUUUGGAAUGUGGAGAUGCAUUCGGGCUGGAGAAGAGUCUUGAUUACCAUUAUAGUCGGAGGAGUGUGCAUAUUGAAGUAGCAUGUACCCACUGCUCAAAAACAUUGGUAUUUUUUAACAAAUGUGCACUUUUGGCACAUGCUCGAGAACACAAGAACAAAGGCAUGGUGAUGCAGUGCACUCAGUUGUUUAUGAAGCCCAUCGCUGUUGAGCAGAUGUUGGGGCCCACGAAGACUAAGCAGUAUGUAAAUCAGAUACCUUGUGUGAACACAACAGAGUCAUCCAAAAGCCAAGCAGUCUUGCCUCUUUAUCCUGACAAAGUUAUCAGACAUGGAUUCAAAUGCCUGGACUGUAACAAACAAAUGUCAGACUACACCGCACUUGCAGGUCACUAUCAGAGUUCAUCAGUGGAUGCUAAAGGUUUGAUGUGCAAGGUUUGCUCAAUGUUGCUACCCAACAAAUGCAGCUACAGGGCCCAUCAACGUAUUCACACACAUAAGUCCCCUUAUUGCUGCCCUGAGUGUGGGGCGCUCAGUCGCUCUGUGGACAUCCAGAAGCACGUGAAAGAGAAUUGUCUCCACUAUGCCCGCAAAAUUGGUUAUUCGUGUCUGCAUUGUGAAAUGCUUUUCAUGUCACUGUCCCUCUUCAAGAGUCACAUUGAGGAGAAACAUUAUGAGAUCUUCUAUAAGUGCACUAUCUGUCCUGUAGCCUUCAAAUCUUCUGAUGGCUGUCUGAUACAUGUAAAAAGCAAACAUGGUGGCAGUGAACCAAGCCAUCAGGUGAUCUACAAGUGUUCCUGUGAAACUGUCUUUAAGAGAAAGCAGUUGUAUUAUCAGCAUUUUCAUAACCGUACUUGUGUGUUCAAGUGUCCAGAGUGCACAUCUUUUUUCCCAGAAAAAAUACUUUUGGUGCAACAUUUCAAGAUUGUUCAUGGUGGUGUUUUCAGAGGUAAGGCAGAUAAAAGCUCAAAACAGACAGAGAUGACAUCUCUCUGUGAUAAAAUAUCACCCCAAAACCUCCAACAAAGGUCAAGCAAACCUGUUAAUGAGGAUUGCAUGAAGAUAAGAAAGAGCUCUGCUGCACAGAAGUCAAGUGGUGGAUGUAGUAUGAAGAACGCUGGUUGGACCUGCGGAGAAUGCCUUCUGUGGGUGCCGGACAGAGAGACCUUCGUCAAUCACAUGAAGACCAGCCAUGGCAGGUCUGUAAAGAGGCAUCCAUGUCGACUAUGCGAAAGGUCCUUCAAUUCACCCCUGAGUCUUAGACGACACAUUCGCAGUGACCAUGAUGGGAAAAAGAAAGUUUACACAUGCUGGUAUUGCACAAAUGAGAGGGUAUCAUUUAGUUCACAUUCUAUGCUGAAGAACCACAUCAGCUUGAUGCAUGGAAUUAAGAACCCAGAUUUCAGCCAGAUGGCAAAGUUAGCAUUUCAAGAGAUGGGGAAAACCACAGGCGAGCCCUACCAUGAGAGUUCCCCAAAAAUGCCAAAUAACUAACACUGCCUAUCAGACAAAUCCCAAAACCCCAGCCAUCUACAUGACACCUCCUCGAAAGCUGCCACCCUACCCAUCUCCGCACACCACUCCGGAAAUGAGGGCGCUCCAGCCGACUUCCAUCCCCUUAAAAUAAUCUGCCUGCCAAUCAUAACACUGGUCAGAGCCUAAACUAUGCGUUUAACCCCCAUAUUGAUGCCCGCCCCAUCGCCCAAAAUUCAAAGUGUGGGACAAAAUGAAAUUUGAGUACCCACUACGUCACAUAUAAAACUCUGAACCUUCAACCAAAAUUCUUGGAUCUUAACACACCACCAAAAAACAUGGGUUGUGUCUCCAUCUUCUGAUUGGCAUCACCAGCAGGUAGAAACGCCUUGUUGAUGAGAGAGGUCAACAGAGAAUGACCAGACAGGUUCGAAAUGACAAAGUCUACGGUAACUCAGAUAACCACUCUGUACAAUUGUGGUGAGAAGAAUAGCAUCUCAGAAUGCUAUUCUGAGAUCCGGGUUGGCUCUGUUUUUGCAACACGAGGGGACCUACACAAUAUUAGGCUGGUGGUUUUAAUGUUGUGGCUGAUCGGUGUGUAUGUAUGUAUGUAUGUGUGUGUGUGUGUGUGUGUGUAUAUAUAUAUAUAUAUGUAUAUUGAAAUCACUGCACCAAGUUUUAUUUCAGUAAUCUUCCUUAUAAUGUUUUGACUGUCCUUUUCAGUCUGUCAUUUUCUACAUAGAUUAAAGGAUGUAGAGGCAUGCAUAUCAUAUACAUUCAUAUUUUUCUUCGUAUUUAUUAUUCAUAUUAUUAAUUUGUCUAUUAUGGCAUGUCAUAUUUCAAAUUUGUCAUAUUUGAAAUCUGAGAUACCUUUUUGCCAUCUAAAAACAAAUAUAAUACAUUUCUUAUAAAUUUUGCAUUUAUAACAAGGUUUUUUUUUUUUUCAAAUUACAACAAAAUGUACUAUUUAUUCUUUCAAGAGGAAAGAACAAUAAUAUUGUAAAUAUAACACUGUAAAGUUUGUCAAGUACACAACAGAGUGCCAAUGGCAUAUUUAACCCAUAAAGCCUAAUGUAUCAACUGUGAUACAUAAAUUCAACAUAGUAAUUUAUUAACUUAAACAUAGUGCUUUGAAACAACGAUAGGCUAGUCUAACAAAGAAAACAUUUAUUGUCAAAAAAUGUCAAUAACUUUAAUUAUAAUGUUACCUUGAACUUUUAAAAUAAGCUGUCAUUUAUCCCAUCAGUCACUUUUCACACAAGUCCUUUGCCAUUGUUUAACUGACAAUAUUUUUCACAAAUAACUAUGAAGGUAAAAUUGUGCUUAAAUGAUUUUCAUGUGCAGAGUAGUUUUGUGAAAGCGUAAACCAAAUUGCAACCGUAAAAAUAAAUUGCAUGUGCACAAUGUUUUGUAAAGGUGUAAAUCAAGUUGCAAGCGUAAGAAAAAAUAUUAGCAAUACUUUUAAUGCUUUGCAUAAGUGUAAUUCAUGUGUUGUGAAUUUGUAAUUGCAUAUUAACACAAAGUAAAUUUGGUGUGUAUUCUUCUGACUUUUUUUUUUUUUUUUUUUUUCUCAAGCUUACACUUUUGGCACUGUUUUUGUGCUUAAACAUGGCCAAAACAUUGCAAAUCAGCGAUAUGCAAGCAAAUAAAGGGUGUCAUGAACAGCAAAACUGAUUGACCGCAUAAAAGCAGUCUGUAUGUGUAAAAUAAACUACUGCAAAUGUGUUUGUGGCAUAAAUAUUUUCCAGAAAUAAUCUGAUAUACACUGUUCUGUCUUCCCUUUGUUGCACACUUUUGGCACGAAUUUCUCACUGAAAAAGUUUUGCAAGGGAGAAGGCAGGUCUACUUGCUUCUACUAACCAAUAACGUGACAGACCGCUUGUUCUUCAUAUGGCUCAGCGUCAUUCCUCUGGGUAUCUCUCCUCCCUUAAAUAUUAAGCUGAAAUAUUAAUACAAGUUAUUUUAUGGCGAGUGUAAAGUUGAGCUGACACCGUUUAUUUAUAUAAAUCUCAAUCUGGUGUUCAGAUGUUUCUUGUUGUUGCUGUUUAUUGUUUUAAUUAUAUUUUAAUUACUUUCAGUUAUCAUUGUCAUGGCAAAUUAUUGGAUGGAUGGAACUUGCUGAUAUCAUUGAACCAGUGGUGUAAUAGUGUCUGAAGAG